UGUUGACGAGAGUCGAAGCGCCAAACGGUCGAAAGUUUUCCGUUGCCGUCGUAACCAGGGAGCCGCAAGUAAUGAACGGUAAUGUUCAAAAUAUUACAUUUUACCGUCAACAAUGGACCUGCAUCAUUCGUCGUGUUGGGAGGCCAUUCUGGAGAAAGUGAAACCGCAUAUACCGACUAUGGACUUUGAUUCGUCAUCACAGUCUGAGAAUGAAGAGAUUGCCACAAUAUAUCAAAGGCCCGCUGGUCUUUCCUUGACUGUCUCUGAGGACUUUGACCUACUCUCAAUGGAUGACGAUCAUCUAGAGCGGCUGUGGAAACCUGUAGCUCCGACCCGCAGGACAGAAGAGAGUGAGCAAUUGGAUGGCGAUGAAAAUGUGGAAGGCUCUACUGUCACGCAACGACAACUCGCUGAUGUCGAGGGAGACGCUCCUCAGACGGGCCUCGUGGAGUCAGAUGCCUCCGUGAGACCAAACAACACACAAACAACAACAACAACAGCUGAUCAGCAAUUGACCGUUCUGUCAUUGGCAAGGUUUGACCAGUGGGACUUGGACGAUGUUCUCAAAAAUCUGGACCGGCUACCUCUGCAACAACAUGUGUCAGUUGAACCGCUGGAAACACAUGCAGAUGGCGACAAGGAGAAAUCUGAAGCAAUCAUAAUGGAGAGACUAGUUGCUUUUUGUGACAUCCAGUCAUCGAAGAAUGAGUCAGAGCCGAUGGAAAGUCCAAACCACAUCAAGCAUACCAAUGUGGGGGAAAAGUCAUCGGGGAGUUUGGAAGACGAGCUGCGGCCGAGGCAGAAGGAAUGUCCCACUGUUUACAUUGACCUGCGUUGCUCUGAUUCUUCAAUAAAAUCACCAAGAACAUCCCCAAAUCCUCCAUCAGAGUCCAAGUCACCAGCCAAACGCAGCAAGCACCACGAAACCCCAAAGAAAGUCAAUCUUAAAGUGCAUCAUGCAUCAUGCACGGAUGACAGAGAAGUGACUGGAAAGAAUAAGCUGCUUCAGAAGAUCAGGGAGAUGAAGGGAAAUGGAGAUAGAUAUCCCAACGAAUGUAUGGACCCUUCUCAUUCAGUGCCAGAGAAUGUACUGGAAAAACUGAACGCGGCGCAACCGCAGGCUGCAGAGUCUGCGUGUGGACAGGAGACACACAAACAGGGGGGAGACAAUCAAUCUUCUUAUGUGCAGUUUGGAUACAGAAUGACUGAAAUGGAAACCCCACCUACAUCUCAGCAAGGACCAAUCAAAAAACCGGAGCAGCAGAGUGACCAACAGAGACCAGAAGUUAAGCAGACAAAUGCACGUGAGCAACACCAACAGAUUCCUGAGCAACUGGAAAGACAUCGUCCACUCAAAUCGAAAAGGAACAAAGACAUCCAUACACCUUUCUACAACCACGUCUGCAGCUUCCUCACUGAGACCUCGCUCCCUCUGAUCGCCAGCUGGGUACCGGCGGUCAGAAACCUGCUGGACCAACAAGCCUUCGCCUCCCCCAUCCAUCUGCCGUCAUGCAGUCUAAACGGUUUCAUCUCCACCACCUCCAACCAAAAGGUUAUUGACAGGACAUUUGGUCUCGACCCCGGCUUUUACUGGCAGACUCUGGAAACUCCGGAGCAUGUUUGCAGGGGGAGAGAGACCACACAAGCGCUGCACACAGAAGUGAGCGUGUCCGUGUCUGACGCUGUGGGGUGCGAAGCAUUCAUCCUCCAUCCUGUCAUAACACACUACACCCUCCAACUGGUUCUUGAUUCGGGGCUCGAUGUGUGUGGUCUGCGGCUCCUUUAUCCAACACGGGAGUUCCUGAGUGAUAGGGCUGGUGCUGGACCAGUUCUUCAGAGAGCCGGUGCGACCUGCCAGCCUGUCCUGGCCCUUGCUGUGCGGGGCCUUCGUGCCCACUCCGUGUUGAGCGAUCUGACUAGUUCCUCGGACCCUCUGGUGCCCGGAGGGACCGACCCUCUGGAGCCUCCUCUCUUCUUCUCCUCUCGACCGGCCAGCCAGGUGCACAGGGAGCUGUGCUUGUGGUUUUCAGGAAGAGUUAGCCCUUACAACCGGCUCCCGAGCAGGGUUGUUCCCUCGAAUGAGCGAAGAGGAGUCUUUCUGUGCGCCACAACGAAAAUGCUGGCAGUGUGUGAACGCAGAGGCUUCGGCCUGGGGGGGCUGCAGAGGCUGCGGCUUCAGAGCAACGGCGCUGCAGACCUGAGACUCUCCGAGCAGCAGGCUCGAGUGUUCUGCAUUCCACGCCGGGGUCAGCUGGAGCUGCUCUCUCCCUGUCUGGUGUUGUUACUGAGGAAAGAAAAUGCUGUGCACCACACUGUUUGUCUGCCAGCAGCCCUGAUGAGAGAAUUUAAGACACCAAAGCUUCUGGGUCGCAUCCGGUCCAGAGUCGAUGGGGUUCGGGCAGCGGAGCCCAGCUUGUGUUUCCACACUGCGCCUUACAGCAGCAACCUGUACCACGUCUUUGUUCAGUGUAUGUGGGCAGUGCCAGAUCCCUCCAGCGUGAUCCUGUCCCACCCGAAGUCCUCAUCCAACUCGGACAUGGCGAUUUUGACCUUCUGUGGAAAGGACACGAGGCGCGGCCUGAGCCUCUUGCACAGAGUACUGACAGAGGAGCCAGAAGACCUUCAGAUGCUGGUCACUUUGUGCCUGUUCAAGCCAACAAUCUGGAAUCACUCGCUGGCUAAAAUAGCCCACAAACUGCAGCUGUGUGGCCUCACAAUGGUGGGCCUGCGUGUGUUGACCCUGGAUAAACGCACUGCCACCUCACUACUGCCUGCACAGAGUGACCCCUCGGACUUGGAGGCCCACGUGGGGUACCUGUGCUCCGGCUCCUCAUUGGCUCUCUGCCUCCGGGGGGAAAAUGCUGUAAGCAGGCUGCUGGAUGCGCUGGACCAAGAUGUCUCGUCACAGUGGACCCAUCGUGCCGUGGCUCAUUCAUACAAUGGCAUUUAUGGAUCAGGAUCACAUCAGAAAGCGAUUCAGGACGUGAGGAGUUUUUUUCCAGUUUUUUUCCGAGACCAGCGCAAUGAGACGGGAGCAGAUACUCAGCGUGCGCUCGGACCCGUUGGUCUGUGCGGAGCGCGAACGGAGCUGCACAGUGGCCCAGGUGGACCAGGGGAAGGCUUCACCUUCAAGGGCAUCGGGACACGACACAGGAACUCUGGAGCGAUGUUGAAAUGUGAGUCCGUUCCAGGCAAACUCUGUGAACCACGUCUUGCUUGUUAUUCGGUACCAGGGAUACACAGCGCUCUCUGGCAGACAACCUUUCUGCUCAUUCCCUUAAAUGCUCCAGCGCCGUCCCAGCUGGAGGUGCUCGAGCAGCUGCUGAGGUCAGGCUGCCAUCUGGUGGCAGGUAGGAUGAGCAUCCUGGACGAGGAGCAGCGCAAACACAUCGCCGAGGCUCUGAAGGGGCCGUCGAGAGGCAAGGAAAGGACUGCUCGUCUUUGCACGGCACCGUGUCUCAUUGUGGCCCUGCAAGGUGACGCGAUCGUGACCGACUUUGACUCGAUUCUUGAAAGGCCAAUCAACUGAUACGCUACCUGUUUGAUGACUUAUCCGGAGAGACAAGGCAUCACAUGUGACACCAUUGUGCCAUAAAGUUCAAACGUGUGCACAAAUACAAGCGCGCCAAAGGUCGCGUUAGUUGGCAGUUUGUCUGCCUUGAAACAUCAAAUGUAUACUUGAACUGCUCACGACAGAUUUGUUUUAGAUAGUAGGAAUAUUUUAGUAACUGUAAGGUAAAAGUUAAUAAAAAAACUGCUUCCUCUGGUGUCGCCAUUUUAAUACAAAAACAUUUUAAAUUGUUUACAUGGAUUCUCAGAUUUCUUUCUUCGAUUGUGUUUGAGAGAAAAGACACAUUUCAGAUGAAAAAUUAUUUUAAUACUCGAUGAUAAAAAUAAUUUUGUGAACUCUGUAAACCAUUGCAUAACUGUAGUGUAACAAUUUAACAAGUGUCAACAAACUAAUAAUGCAUUACAGAAAAUAUUCUGUACACAAUCCUGAAUGUAGAAAAGAAAAAUCUAGUAUUCUAAGACUUGGACCUAUUGUGUGUUUAAAACACAGAAAAUAUCAAUAUACCAACAGAAUCAUUCCUACAAUUAUCAGGUUUCCUACAUAUCAAUACAGCUCAUCACAAAAUAAGGGACAUAUUGUUUAAUCUAUAAAUAAGUUCUAAACCAGCGGAUGUUCAGUAAAUCAAUCCAUGAAAUGCAGUUUCCUCAGAUUUAACACAAUAUGUAUUAAAUCACCAUCGACCCUAGAAAAAUACAUUUCUUUCCUUAAUUUCCUUAUUAUCCUGACAAAUAUACUUGAAAAACUUGCAUUUGUUUUAGUACUAAUACAUUUUAUUGAAUAGCAAUUCACAACUAGAUGCUACAUCAAAAGGAAUUAACUGAGCUCCACAAUAUCCAGUGAACUGUUCAUUUAAUAUCUAAUUUAGAACGAUACAUUCAAUAUUUCAGGGCUUCAAUGUUAAAAUAACAUUUCUACUGAAAUUCUUUCUUAAGUGUAUGGAACAACUGGUUCCACAUUCAGAUCAUUUACUUUAGACAACACCUGUAUUUUACCUAAUUUGAAAAGCUCCAUACAUCAUCAUAUACAUGUACAAGAUUGCAUAAAUUGUCAGGCUUCAUUUUGAUAAUAUUAAAAACAAAAAGACAACACAACUACUGACAAUAACGCGAGAUAGAUUCAACUAUUCAAAGCAGUGUAACGAUUCAUCUACUACAGUUCAUUUACACGAGUCUUAUUUGGUGCUUUUCUUACAAACAACCGACUUUUUGGUGCUAAAUGACUUAUUGAGAUCAAAAUAGUGUAUUCAACGGUUAAGUAUUGCAGUUUUUUUUUUUUUAAAGUGGUAUGGCAAAUACAGACCGAGACCGGCGCUCAUCAGUCAUUUAGAACCGCUGCGUCCUCGUUUGUGGCUCAUAAAAGCGGAUCUCGUUCUAUGGGAUCCUUAAUCCUCCUUAAUCUAGAGGCUCGUUUAGCAAACACACGGCGGUCCACAGAGAUGGCGUAAGGCACUGGAAUUUUGAUUCUAAUUAAGCAUGUUGCAUUUUGCCAUCUUACUGAGAGCAAACACUGUGUCACUGAGACAUAUCGUCUUCAUGCCAAUCAAAACGAUAAUAAAAAAAAAGGCACAGUUGUACUUGAAAAAGUCGCCGGGCCGUUUGAAUUCAAUUCAACAGAUCUAAAGAAAUGAAAGCUGUGCUCAUCAAGGGAUUUUUGUUCCAUUUCGGUCUUUUUUUUUCACUUGAAUUGGGGGCAUGUAGACCACUUGAGAGACCGACAACAACAUACGAACAACAACAAAAAAA